GUCAUUGUCAUAGAAAGGUGUGUUGAAUCUCCAUGGACGGUUCUUCGUCAAAAAUAAGAAAUCCUUUACAAUCAUGAAUAUGAGUAAGUAUAUCUACGAUGAUGGAAUAUCACAUGGAUCCUUAGAAUCACGGCACCCAGUUGAAUCCUGCGCAUUCCAGUUGCAGACAUGGAGACCUUUUCAGCUUCCUACUGGCAAAACCCUUGAAUCCGAUUCCGCUAAACCCAACUCCGGCGGUACUGGUUAUACUGGGCUCCAAGGCAAACGACCCUGCUGGUCCGACCGCACUACGUCCUUUUCCAUUGGCGCCGUCCUUGACAUGUCGAAGCUCAGCCUUUUUGACGACGAUAGGCUGCUUACGGCGGCUCAUAAGCGGUUGUUCGCUCGGAAGCGUCGCCGUAGGGGCUCGAGGUCUCUAUCAGGGAGAAGUAGCGAUCGGAGCGGGACUCGCCAGCGUUGCUGCUCGGUCGGGACGUCUAGGGCUUAUGGGACUGCUUCGGAUCACCCUAUGGUGGCCGGAGGAACGGAUUCGAGUGGGGAGCUGUUUGUGAACGGUGGAGGGGAUGCGAAUUGGGCAUCCGAUGUGAGUGAGGUGGCGAGGAAUCCGAGGAGAGAGAGGGAGAGCAAUGGGAGUGGUGAGAGGGAGAAUGUUACUAGUGGGUAUGGCCAAUCAGGUAAUUUUGAUAGCCAUGGGAAUGAAUCUGGGUAUGGGAGUGAGCCAGGGUAUCGGGGUGAUGUGGAGCUGGGAUAUGACGAUGAGGUUGAUGAGGAAGAGGAUGAUUCGAGGCUCUUGUUUUGGGGUGAAGAAUUUGGAGGUACCUUUUGCUGUGUAACUUGUACUUGUACAGGAAUUUGGGAUUUUCAUUCUCUUAUUAUUAAUUUGCUGUUUGCGAUUUCCCCGUACUUCUCUUAAUUCUACUUACUCUCAAGUAUAUCAGUGCAUUGAGUCUUCCCAGAUCACUAGAAUCCAAAUUUUGUAAAUUAUACAGUUAACGAGGAGAAAAGUUUAAGUAGGAUAUUUGCCUCUGUGAACUGUGCUUUAUGCAAAGUUACUGUUGUAAGGGGAGUUAACGAUUUAAUUUGAUAAAAAUUUAAAUUUUUGGUCUUAUUUCAAAGCUAUUGUAACGAGAGUUGCAUAUGGUGACAGAUUACAAAUUAGGGAGAAUUGACGAAAUUGAAUGUUCUUUCAAGCAGUUAUCUUGAGGAAUUAUGCUUUCUUCUAAAUAAAGAUUAGCAGCGGGGUUAAGCAUGAAUAGUUGGCUCAUUGUUGAAGAAGGUUUGAAUGUCUGAUAACCGUCUACAGAUGGUGAAUUUCCGAUGCUAUAAUAUAUGCUGUUAAAUCAUAACUUCAUUGUACACUUAUUGCUUGAUAGUAAAAUAAGAUAAAAAGCUAAUCAAAAGACAGGAAUGUAACAAAAAUCGUACUGAGGUCAUAGUGAACACAUCUUUUAUUAUCACAUGAUAAGUAGAAAAAUAAUUCAAGUGAGUCCUCGAAUUAAUGCAGUCAAUGGUUGCUUUGCU